AUGCCUACCCUCUCAGACUGGGAGUCCAUCGACCGUCAGAAGGCCAGGAUCCGCGAUGAGCGUGACGCGGCGAUGGCGAAGAUUCUUCGUCUCAGCAAGCAGGAGAAACUGCUCGAAGAGAAAGAAAAGCGAUUGAUCCGGUCUGGCCUCAACUCGAUGCAAGAACUGGAGGAACAAGAAGAGAAGGAAGCGAAAGAAGCGGAAGAGAAAAGAGAGCAGGAAGAAAGGGAGGCGGCCGUGGAGAAGCUCCUGGACCAGCCUACCCCGCCUGCAGACCCCGGUUUCGACCCUUUCGUCUUCGAUCCUUCCCUGGAU